GUUUCCGCGGUGCUUUAGAGCCGCGUGUUCCCACGCGAUCGCGUUGCUAUCAGUUUGCGAACGGCGUCAGCGUUGACAGGCGCGUUGCCGCGAGCGUUUUCGUGUAUCGUCGUUGUAUGCGACGGCAGGCAUGGCCAGCGCCACGACGUUCUGUCUGCUGCUGGUCGUCGCAUUGGCGGACUUGGGUUCUUCUACACGGCGCACACUGCGGUCGUGGGUGAAUCCGGGCUGCGAUGAGCCGUGUCGCGAGCGAAACGUGACGACGCUCUACCUGAGAGCCGAUGGUCCGAACGACACAUUGCAUUAUCUAUGGGAUUUCGUCGGCACCCCGAGCGUCCUGCUGGCGCUCACGUCGCCAUCAGCCUGGCUCAACAUCACCUGGGACGACUAUCUCGCCAGAAGGGCAAACUCGCUCACCUUCUCGGAGAAGCCCGCCUACUCCUUCGGCGUGAUAAUAAACAAGAUUAUCGAAUUCAACGACGUAAAUAACACGGCAAUGAUUGACACUGCCGACGUCGCUAAUACGAACAUUUUGCACACCGAGUAUUUCAACUGGCGACGCGUGUCCCUAUCGCAAAAGAGCGAGUUCGUCUACCUGGAUAUGGAGGGUAACUCUUAUAACGAUACAGCUAAGAAUAUCAGCAGAUACGGGAGUAUAAAGCUUUCGCUCCGAGGAUUCUGCACCGUCGACCAUACGGACAUGGUGCCGCACAUGUUGCACACGGAGAAUUCUACGCAAGUGGACAUCAUCCUCGACCACAUUCAGACCAACCACACCUUUUCCUACAGCAGAUUCGCUAUUGAAUUGCUCGCGGUUGGCGGUGGCGAUCCCGAGAUACCGAUGUUCGUUGACCCGAAAAAGAGCUUGGACGACGAGCAUACUCCGGGAAUAUUCGAGGUUGUCGAAGUUAGAACACCACCCUACAGAGAACUGGACGGCGCGUUGAACACCGGAUCGUACUUACAAUGGCGACCGGUGUCGUAUAAUAGCGCAUCGCGUGACGUAACCAGUUCCACGGAGACAAUCCAGUAUCCACCGAAGCAAGUGUUCAAUCAUACGAUGGCCAUUGAAAAUUCGAUGCUCUAUUGUUAUUAUGGAAAAUCCGUAGAAGAUCUCCUACUGCAGAAGUUAAUAGUUUCCUUGGGUUCGAAAGGAGAUGGUUUCUACAAGAAGACGAGUUACUUGACGUGGACUUUUAUGAUGGGAUACGGCACCCCACCCGAGGAGAGCUUCUCUUCUCUAGUCAUUAUGAUUAUCUCGAUUGGCCUCGGUCUGCCUUUGCUCAUUAUGGUCAUCACUGGCCUGUAUCUCUGCAUUCGUAGAAUGCCGAAACGGCAUGGCAACGCUUAUUUGAAUCGAUGAACUCGUGCCAUGUGGUUUCUUCGUAUGUACGCGUGUACGUUUAGGUGCAUCGCUACUACACUCAACCUAUUGUUCUUCACAAAGAGAUAUUCUUAUAUUUAUACACAUAUAUGUAUAUUUUUACACGACAUUAGCUCGGAUCUGAUAUCAGUGUGGUGCGUGAAUGAUGAUCGUUCGUUUUCUCAUAACGUAUUUGACGCUUAGCGCGAGAUGAUAGUCCUCUCGUUCUCUGUUUUACUCGUUCUCUGUUCUUUUCACGAGGAUAUGUUGUUUGUUGACUCGACGAAUAAAGGAUACAAGCAAUCACAUUUUAUUUUUGAAUACGCUACGAGAGAACGGCAUGUUAACUUGUACAACGAAUGAUUGAACUUUUUUAGGUAAUUUGUAAUUGAACGAUUGUAUGCACGAUUUUACGAAAUAUAUUCAAUAAGUAAGUUGUACUACA